AUGGCAGCCAACACGGGCUCCUUCGUCGAGUUCUUCGAACACAUCAUGACGCCCUCCGCACCCGUCAUCCUCAUCGGCGUCGCCAUCGUCCUCCUCUUCCCCAUCCUUCUGCACUUCAUCCUCGUCAAGUCGACGCCCUACACCACCCUCCCCUCGGUGCUUCUCCUCGGGCCCUCCGGCGCCGGCAAGACCGCCCUCCUCACCCUCUUCGAGCGCGGCGACACCCCCGCGGCGACCCACACCUCCCAGCGCCCCAAGACCGUCGAGCUCACGGCCUCCCGCGACAGCAAGACCAAGACCAGCUUCCGCAACCACGACGACACCAGCGGCACCCACACAAAGUUCCUCCUCGUCGACACCCCCGGCCACGGCAAGCUGCGCAACUUCGCCAUGGCGAAGCUCGCCGGCAGCGCCAACGACAAGUCCAAGCUCAAGUCCAUCGUCUACAUGGUCGACGCCGCCGCCAUCAGCGAGCAGGACAUCCUCGCCCCGUCCGCCAGUUACCUCUACGAUGUCCUGCUUGGUCUGCAGAAGCGCGCCUCCUCGAGCAAGACUUCCAAGCCCCCUGCGCCGAUCCCCGUCCUGGUGGCCGCGAACAAGGUCGACCUCUUUACUGCGCUGCCCGGCGCGCUUGUCAAGACGAGUCUCGAGGCGGAAAUCACCCGCAUCCGGGCUUCGCGCAGCAAGGGUCUGUUGGAUUCUGGUGUUGGUAUUGAUGAUAUUGGUUCUGAGGAGCACGACGACUGGCUGGGCGCAUACGGCACUGAGAAGUUCACCUUCGAUCAGCUGCGCGAAUUCGAUGUCGAGGUUGACGUUGUCGCGGGCAACGUGUCUGGAAGCGGACCCGGAGCCGACAAGUGGUGGUCAUGGAUCGCCGAGCGGGUAUAA